GCCCCCGGAGGAAGUAUCAGCUGCGCUGGCUUGCAACGGUGGCGGGAGUGUGGCUUGCACGGCCGGGCCUGGAGUGAGUGGCACCGGUGGGCCUCACCUGGACAAGGGAGCUGGCUGAGCAGCAGACCAUCUGGGAAGCGCAAUGAGUGUCAAGGCCUUCAAGCUGGUCCCUGCAGUUGAGCGGGAAAUGCUCAUGGGUGACAAAGCUCGGAUCAACAUUGAGUGCAUCGAAUGCUGUGGAAAGAACCUUUACAUUGGAACCAAUGACGGUUCCAUUUAUCACUUCCUCUUGGAAGAAAAGAACUCCCCAGCUGAAAAGACGAGUUUUUCUGUUACCAAACAGCUGCAUAAAUACCUCAGUGUGAGGAAGGCUGUGGGCGAAUUGAAAGCUGCUUCGGCCCUCAACAGGCUCCUGGUGCUUUGCGACAGUACCAUCACACUAGUGAACAUGAUAAACCUAGAACCCGUCCCCACAGGGGCUCGGAUCAAGGGGGCGGUGACGUUCACAUUGAACGAGAACCCUGUGAGUGGGGACCCGUUCUGUGUUGAGGUGUGUAUUGUUUCAGUCAAACGGAGGACUAUCCAGCUGUUCUUGGUAUAUGAAGACAGAGUCCAGAUUGUGAAGGAGGUUUUUACUCAAGAGCAGCCAUGUGCCGUGGCUGUGGAUGGUCACUACUUAUGUCUUGCCCUCACUACCCAAUACAUUAUACUGAACUACAAUACUGGAGCCUCUCAGGAUCUGUUUCCUUACGCCAGUGAAGAGAGACGACCGAUUGUGAAAAGAAUAGGCAGACAAGAAUUCCUGUUGGCCGGACCUGGAGGAUUAGGUAUGUUUGCAACUGUUGAUGGCAUUUCCCAGCGUGCUCCUGUCCAUUGGUCGGAAAAUGUGAUUGGGGCUGCCCUCUGCUUUCCUUAUGUAGUUGCCCUGGAUGAGGAGUUCAUCACAGUUCACAGCAUGCUGGACCAGCAGCAAAAGCAGACUCUGGCCUUUAAGGAAGGGCAUAUCCUGCAAGACUUUGAAGGCAAGGUUAUCGUGGCGACCACCAAAGGGGUGUACAUCUUGGUGCCACUCCCACUGGAAAAGCAGAUCCAGGAUCUUUUGGCCAGCCACAGGGUUGAAGAAGCACUGGUGCUGGCGAGGGGAGCUCGAAGAAAUAUCCCAAAAGAAAAAUUUCAGGUAAUGUACAAACGAAUCCUGCAGCAAGCAGGCUUUAUACAGUUUGCACAGCUUCAGUUCCUAGAAGCAAAAGAACUUUUCAGAAGCGGCCAGCUUGACGUCCGGGAGCUGAUCUCUCUCUAUCCCUUCCUGUUGCCUGCUUCCUCUUCCUUCAUUCGGUCUCAUCCUCCUCUCCACGAAUAUGCGGACUUAAACCAGCUGACCCAAGGGGACCAGGAGAAGAUGUCGAAAUGCAAACGAUUCCUUAUGAGCUACUUGAACGAAGUGCGCACCACUGAUGUUGCGAAUGGCUACAAGGAAGAUGUUGACACAGCUUUACUGAAACUCUAUGCAGAAGCCAAUCAUGAGAACCUUCUAGACUUGCUGGCCUCAGAGAAUUUCUGUCUUCUCACAGAUAGCGCAGUGUGGCUGGAAAAGCACAAAAAAUUUUUUGCACUUGGACUCCUGUAUCAUUCCAAUGGUCAAGAUGCAGCAGCGCUACAGUUAUGGGUAAAAAUUGUCAAUGGAGACAUUCAGGAUUCCACACGCAAAGACCUCUACGAGUACAUAGUAGACUUCCUUACUUCCUGCUCAGAUCAUGAAUUGGUCUGGAAGUAUGCCGAAUGGCUUUUACAGAAAAGUGAGGAGAUCGGCGUGCAUGUUUUCACUAGAAGGCCGCAGGAAGAAGAACAGGAGAACAGCUUUAAUCCUGAUGAUGUCAUGAGCUGCCUUAACAAAUACCCCAAAUCGCUAGUAAAAUAUUUAGAGUUUUUAGUUCUAGAAAGAAGAAUACAGAAGGAAAAGUACCAUUCUCACCUAGUGGUGCUGUACCUGGAGAAAGUGCUAGCCCUGAAAUCUCUCGGGUCAGAAAGAAACGAGGAACUGGUUGAAACACAGGCAAAGUUGCAGAGUCUCCUGCGGCAGUCUGACCUCUAUAGGACUCACUUUAUUUUAGAUAAAAUCAGUGGCUCAGAUCUUCAUAUGGAGCGUGCAAUAUUGUAUGGGAAACUGGAAGAGCAUGACAAAGCCUUACAUAUCCUUGUCCAUGUGCUGAAGGACUUUGCUGCCGCUGAGGACUACUGUAUGUGGAAUUCUGAGAACAUUCCUUACCGACGGAAGUUGUUCCAUAUGCUGCUUUCGGCGUAUCUAAAUUCCAGCACAUCAGAACACGAACUGGUCAUGGCUGCUGUGGAUCUCCUGAACAGUCAUCCGUCUGAUUUUGAUGCUGCCCUCGUUUUGCAGCUUCUCCCCGAUAGCUGGUCAGUGCAGCUUCUCUCCUCCUUUCUGUCUGGAGCCAUGAGGGAAAGUGUCCAUGCUCAGAGAACGUCUCAGAUUGCACUGGGCUUAGCAAAAGCUGAGAACUUAACUUACAAGCUUGAGAAGGUAAAAGUAAAAGGAAACACCACUGUUCUCUCAGACAGAAAACUCUGCCAGGUGUGUCAAACUCCUUUCUGUGAGCCUGCCUUUGUCAGGUAUCCGAAUGGCAGCGUGGUUCAUACCCACUGUGCUGCAAACAGACUUGUAACUUCGAACACAAACCACCCCUUCUCCGACCCCAGCAGGAGGACAUGAAAUGUACUCAGAAGGGUACCAGAGUGUUGUUGUGGUUGUUCUUUGGGGGAAACCAGAGAGAACUAUCUGGAUAAAGAACAAGCAGCAAGCGGAAAAGAAGAGAUUGCCCUGAGGAAUAACAAGAAGACUUGAGUCAAUGUGAAACAGGGCCACUUAACCUCCUCAUCCUGUUUGUGAAUGUAGCUGGCACAAAAAAUUGCAAAUUUGUUUUUAUCCCAUAAUAAACAAAUGCAGUAAAGAUGCUAGGGAGGGAAAGGGAGCCAAAAUACCUUUUUAAAUGAAACAUUGCACUGCACUUGGUGAUCAGCUGGCCUUGGGAGAAGAGGGGCUAAUGAGGAAAGAUACCUUUUCACCACCUAGAUGAUUUUUUUGGUCCUGUCUCUUGAAUAAAUGGCAUGAAGCAGCACUUUCCUGACAGCAGAGCAGACCCACAGUAUGGAUUUAAAUUUUACCUAGCAGAUAGCAUCACGGACUUGUUCUGUGCUCUUCAUACUGUUGAAGUUUUAUGCACUUUGAGCCUUUGUACUCCUUCCAUCUCUGCUGUUUAAUACGGUCCAUAUGAAAGCAUUGGCUUCGUGGUAAUUCCUGCUUGUUUGGGAAGUUAAAGGGAGCCAGGCAAUGGCAGUCCCAGGGCGUGAAGAGGCCUACAGCUUUUUUCUGACACUGAUCACAAGAAAGCCACCCGGAUUCAGAGUCCUGCUAUAUGGAACCAUUAACCAUUGUGGGGGAGGGUUAGGGUUGAAAGAUGAGGCUUUAAUAAAUUGAAGGGUUUAUUUAUUAUCAUACAGGUGUUCUGUAAAUACAGUUGAAUGAAAUGGUUUUAUAUCUCAGAAGUUCUCUAGAGCAAAAAUAUGUAACCGGUGAUUCCAGGUAUAACUUUUGGUGUAGGUUCUACAUCUGACAACACAAUUCAUAAUUUCCUGCAAGGGGAAAAAAAGGUGCCUCUGACCUGCUUUGCAGGAAUAAACCUUGGUUCACAAAAAGGGGGGUGAGGGUGCAGUAAAAGUAUCAGUAAUUGCAUCCUGAAGUGCUGAUAAGCUUGAUCAUACUUAAUAAAUGCUCUGUGGAUUCUAAA